ACAACAUGGCGGCCGGUCCUAACGCUCUCAUCCAGGGACCCCCGCGGAGGCCCUAGUGCGGGUCCGUACCCGGGCGAGUGGGAGCCGGGGCCGCCCUUCGUGCCGAGUUCCUCCGACGGUGUCUCGAGGGGCUUGGCCGGCGUCCGCGGCCAGGAUGAAGAACUAUAAAGCAAUUGGCAAAAUAGGAGAGGGAACGUUUUCUGAAGUCAUGAAGGUGCAGAGCCUGAGAGACGGGAACUUCUAUGCUUGUAAACAGAUGAAGCAACAUUUUGAAAGCAUCGAGCAAGUGAACAACCUGCGCGAGAUCCAAGCUCUGAGGCGCCUGAACCCGCACCCCAACAUCCUCACGCUGCACGAGGUGGUCUUUGACAGGAAAUCCGGUUCUCUUGCACUAAUAUGUGAACUUAUGGACAUGAAUAUUUAUGAACUAAUCCGAGGGAGAAGACACCCAUUACCAGAAAAAAGAAUUAUGCGUUACAUGUACCAGCUCUGUAAAUCCCUGGACCAUAUGCACAGAAACGGAAUAUUUCACAGGGAUGUAAAACCAGAAAAUAUAUUAAUAAAGCAGGACAUGCUGAAGCUCGGGGACUUCGGCUCGUGCCGCAGCGUGUACUCGCAGCAACCGUACACCGAGUACAUCUCCACGCGCUGGUACCGCGCACCCGAGUGCCUGCUCACCGACGGCUUCUACACGCACAAGAUGGACCUGUGGAGCGCGGGCUGUGUCUUCUACGAGAUCAGCAGCCUGCAGCCCCUCUUCCCUGGUGCCAACGAGCUCGACCAGAUCGCCAGGAUCCACGAGAUCCUCGGCACCCCCACUGAGAAGACUCUGUGCAAGUUCAAGCAGUCGAGAGCUAUGAGUUUUGAUUUUCCUUUUAAAAAGGGAUCGGGAAUUCCUCUAGUGGCGGGCAGUCUGUCCCCUCACUGCCUCUCCCUCCUGCACGCAAUGGUGGCCUACGAUCCCGAGGAUCGAGUCACGGCCCACCAGGCGCUGAAGCACCCCUACUUCCAGGAGCAGAGGACAGCCGAGAAGCUAGCUUUGAGCAGCCACAGAAGAGCCUUCUUCAGCGAGAGGGCGGCCUCGGGACUCCUGGGCCCCGACUGGCAGGUGGCGCCGGAAAGCGGGAAGCAGCAGCCGCUCAAGCCCGAGGAGGAGUGUGGCCGGCGUGCGGGUGCCGCCUGCGUGAAGCUCGCGGGUGGCAGCAAGCCUCUGUCCUUCUCCAGCCCGGCGCUGCCGUCCAUGCUGGGCCCCGGAGCCGGCGCGAGAGUCGCGGUGCUGAGGCCCCUCAAGUGCGUGGGCGCGAGCCAGAAGCUGGACCCGCAGAAGGACCUGAAGGCCAGCCUGAGGCAGUGCCGCCUGCCGGCCAUAGAGAGGAAGGGUGGCGACCACUGAGGCCCCGCAGGGCGAGCACAGCCUGGGGGGCCCCCCCGGAGCCGGCCC